GUCAGGACCCACAUAUAUAUUUCUUUUUCAAAGUAACUCUUGGAAAUGGCGGGAGCUAUCAUAGAGAGCAUGAGCACAAAAAAGUUGGUCGUGUUCGGUUGCUUUAUUCUGCUCUUCCAAGUUUUUUCCAUUCUGGUUGGAGCAUUAAUUGCUCCCAGUCCAACCAGUGCAAUCCAUUACUUGGCCACAAAAUGCAUUAAUCGCCACAGGACGAGCGUCUGGCUCAUGCCGUGGGGUUCUAAUCGGUGCCAGCAGAUCCACAGUUUCGAUGAGCCUCUGGCAAAGACUCUGGACGCCAACGACAUCGUUUUUGCCGUUCACGUGCCUCUCCCCGACAAGGAGAUGAGCCCCUGGUUUCAGUAUAUGCUGGCUGUCCUGCAGUUCGACAUCGCUUUCAAAAUGAUAAAUCCGAUUGAAGACGGCGCCGUCGUCACCAUUGAUGCUCGUCUGGCGUUCAGGGAUGAUCUGAUGUCUGAGUGGACCGCAAAAUUCCACUCAGUGGAACAAAGGCCGCUCAGAUGCACACUGGCUGUCCCCAAGACGUAUGAAAACGAGGGCCGCUUUUACCGCUGUGACCCCGUGCCAUUCAUGGAGCUGGGGAGCGUGGCCCACAGGUAUUUUUUAAUCAACCUGCGUCUGCCGGUCAAUGACACGGUCAACGCCGGCAUUGGAGAAAUAAAGGACAUUCAUCUUGUGGGGAUCCACCAGAAUGGAGGAUUCACUAAAGUGUGGAUCAGCAUGAAGACUGUGUUCAGCCCCUGGGUGUGCGCGGCCACAGCCUGGUACUGGCGUAGGAUCCGUCUCAUGGCGAGGCGACCCAUCCUUUUGGAAAAAGUCAUCUUUGCUCUGGGCAUCUCAAUGACCUUCCUGAAUGUGCCGGUCGAGUGGCUGUCGAUGGGCUUCGAGUGGAAGUGGACGUCGCUGCUUGAAGACGCCCAGCAGGGCGCUUUCUACUCCACACUCUUCUGUUUCUGGAUCAUCUUCUGCGGCGAACACCUCUUGGACCAAAGUCGGAGGAAUCGGCUCUCGGCAUACUGGUGGCAGGUUGGACUUGUGAUGUUUGGCUCGUCUAUUCUUCUCAUAUUUGACCUGAGCGAAAGGGGAGUUUAUUUGAGCAAUCCUUUCUACAGUGUGUGGGCAUCAGAAUUCGGGACAAAAGUUUCAAUUACUUUCAUUAGUGUGGCGGGGAUUUCCAUUUGUCUAUAUUUCUUCUCCCUGUGUCACAUGGUGUGUCGUGUGUUCAGGAACAUUGGUGGGAAAAUGCAACAGCUUCCUUCCAUGCCAGAGGCUAGGAGGCUGCACUACAAGGGUAGAAUUUUCAGGUUUAAGUUUUUGAUGCUAGUAACUCUCGCGUGCGCGGCCAUGACCGUCACCUUCUUCAUCUUAAAUCAAGUCAGUGAAGGUCACUGGCACCUGGGCGACUACACUCUCCAAGUCCACAGCGCCUUUCUCACGGGGAUCUACGGCAUGUGGAACCUGUAUGUCUUCGCCAUUAUUUUCCUUUACGCUCCCUCGCACAAGCACAAGAGAAACGAGCCAGGAGACAGUGGACAAACAGAUGUGACGGAGAAGCCGGAGAGCCAAGAGACACAGCUGACAUGUGGAGAGCACGGGCCCACGGAGGCGUACAGGAUCACUGGGAAGCAGUGCAACGAUCCUGAGCACAAGGCAAAGAGUCGAACACCUGAUCUCAGACUGACGGAACAAUCCACCUACUGAACACCAGAGUAAACACAGAGAGCCCAAAUCAAGCAAGAGCUCCUGAUGUGGAGGUCUUCAUAGCCGUCCAGUUACCUUUUCAUCUAUAAAUAUAGACUAGCUACUGAUGCCGCCCACCAGCACCCACUGAAAUUUAGUCACACUGACUCAGCAACAGCUACUAUAUGCAGAAUAGAACAAUAAAGUAAUAAAAUGAUUAUUUGCAGACACCAGUGUAUAAAAAUACUUCAAACAUAUUGCACUAUAAUAAAUAUUCUGCACACUGUAAGUUUUGUCGAUUUGUUGCCAAGUUGGUGUUAUUUUGUAUGUUAAAUGGGUUGUAUUAGAAAUACUUUGUCACUGCAACGAAACAACGAAAUUUUGUUUGGCAGCAGUCUCUGGAAGCUUCUUAAGGGUAAGGUGUUUGUGAAGGUAAUAAAUAAUCUCAUCUUAUGUAGACGCUUCUCGUCUGGAGGGUCUAUCCCAGCUGUCAUCGGGCGAGAGGCGGGGUACACCCUGGACAGAUCGCCGGUCUAUGGCAUGCUAACACAGAGAGACAAACCACCAUUCACACUCACACUCAUACUCACUAUGGCUAUUUUAGAAACAAGCAUGUCUUCAGAUGGUGGGAGGAAGCCGCAGUACCCAGAGAGAACCCACGCAGACACAGGGAGAACAUGCAAACUCCGUACAGAAAAGAACCCAAACCGUCUUGGAAUAAACAUAUUAAAAAUAUAUAUUUAGUUGAAACUCUGCACUUUUAUUGUCGUGUAUUGCAUACUCAGUGUAUAAUUAAAACAAUAUAUGUGCACUGUACUCACAUAACCUGAAUAUCGGUUAAAUUUAAGUAAGUAUAAUGGCAUUAAUGACAACAGAAUUUGUUUUUCCACAUCCACAUUUGUACGAAUGCAGCAUGAUCAACUAUACCGUGCACAGCAGUGGUGCACAGAGCUACCGACAGGGGUCGCUGCUGUGUCAACAAACCAGGGAGAGACGCCGUGUCGUCCAGCCCAGCGGCAGUCCUCAGUCAGCAGAGGACUGACCGCGUCUCCAGCCGCUGUGCUUAAACGCAGCACGGCCGAGUGUUUGUUUGAUUCACGGCGAAAGUUUUCAGUCGACACUUUCAAUUUAACCGAAAGGAUCUCGGUGGGGAAUAUUUCAUGGCUCGACUUUGAAAAAAAAAAAAAAAGAAAAA